CAGGCUAUAUAUAUAUAUAUAUAAAGAUAUAUUCUGACGAUUCGAAGUAACCGAAGCCGGACGGAUUCGACUUUACAUGACUGAGAGGAUUGUUGUCGGUCACCUUCUUCACAUCGGCACAGCCCGGCUUUGAGACAAAAUGAGGGAGAAGAUGUGGAUAUUUCAAACUGCAGACAAUCCAAAGUGUCUCUUCUCUGUUUGGAACCAGUGGUGUUUGUAUUACGCAGCGGUGGCGUGUUUACUGUUGUCGCCUGUCAGGACUGAGGAUGUUUGCCCGUCAUCCUGCGUCUGUGCCAGGGAGUCGGGGACUGUGACCUGCCGCGACGGGGAGGACACCGAGGUACCGGGAGACAUACCGGAGUGGACGACCACCUUGAUACUCAAGGGGAGAAACAUUUCAACUUUACAGCGUGGUGCGUUCAUGAGCAACGGCACGGAGUUGGAAAUGACGACACUCUUGCUGUCCUAUAACGGGAUACAGGUUAUUGAACCGUACGCCUUCCUGGGACUCCCCCGGUUGCACCGGCUGGACCUGAGCCACAAUCAGCUGGAGUCGAUCUCAGCCAGGGCUUUCCACGGGUUACCAGAGCUGCACUCUCUUAUCCUAAAUCACUCGAUUUUGCCCCGGGCCACGGAGCAGCUCUCCAGCGCGCUCAGCCCACAAAGUUUACGCAAUCUGCACAGACUGGAGUUGGCAGGGAACAUGCUGAAGUAUAUCCCCCUGGUGAGGUUAGACAUGUAUAAUCUCCGCACGCUGGUGCUGAUAAAUAACUCAAUAGAGAGCAUAGGAGGGGAAAAUGUGACCGUUUUGUACCAGCAGAGGAACAUACACGUCUUCUUGUCUUUAAACCCGUUUCGGUGCACCUGCGAACUGGAGGCGUUUUACUACUGGUUGAAGAACUCGUCCCAGUGUCCGGAUGCAGGACGCCUCCUGUGCAGCGAGCCGGAGGCCAAGAUGGGGGUCCCUGUGGUGAAGCUCCGUGCAGAGGAUGUGGAUUGUAUGAACGAGAACCUGGAGGCGGUUUCAUACGUGUUCCUCGGGAUAGUGCUGGCUCUGAUCGGGGUGGUGUUUCUUAUGGUGCUUUAUCUGAACCGGGGGGGCAUCAAACGGUGGCUCAACAACAUCAGGGAGGCAUGCCGGGACCAGAUGGAGGUCUACCACUACCGCUACGAGCAGGACUCAGAUCCGAGGCUGGCCAACGUGGCUGUUUAACCUUCUGAAACAGCAGGCCAGUGCUGUAUGGCUCUCAAAAGCCUGGAGAGACUCACUGAGAUCAUUUUCUGCAGCUGGCCAGUGAACUGCAUGCAGUAACCCUUUCUUACUGGGAUAUGCACAGAGCCAAACACAGUUAAAUGACUGUAAGAGACUAAAACCUCUACUGUACAUAUUGUAUCUCCUCAAGAGAGGGAUGCUUUUCAUGCUAGUUACACAGACUAACUUAGUAUUAUUUAUGUUAUUAACCCAAGUGACAAAUAUCCAGUUCAAGUAUGUAGAAUUUAUAAUUUAAAAAGCUUAAAUGAAGCGGUAAUUCCUGAAAACUGCAGCCCUUGUAAACGGUUUUGAACUAAUGGCCUACAUUCAAGACAUCCCACAGGGAAAACAUAGUAUUCCUGUUUAUAAUCUAAUGAGAGAGUGCAUAUUGCAAAGAGAAUAAGCUAGUAGUGCCAUGUUCAUGCAAGCAGGGGAUGUUGGAGUCAUAUUUUAUCAUCAGGAACAUGUGAUUACUUACCAACCUUGUAUUUUUUUGAGCAGCAUUUAAAAGUAACAUGUGUUUUGACUUCAGGUUUAUAGUGAAGGAGGCAGGAAAGGAAAAGGCAGAAUCUAACCAUGCAUGUGAUUGUUGUAGGCAUAGAAAGCCAACCAAAACAUUAAUAAAAGGUCAAAUAAAAAUGGCGAGUUAGCAGUGUUCUUUUACGUCAGUGCAUUUUAUCGUCACUGUCAGGGAACAUGGACUCCACACAGCACCGUGCCACACGUUAAACACAUGGGUAUGAUCCCCUGUUGUAAAAAAUGUUGCUGUAAAUAUGCUUCAACUGCUGCAUGUGAAAUUCUGAACAAGUGU